AUGCAAAAUUCACUUAAAGUAAUUGGUACCUUUUAUUUGGUUUUGCAACUGAACUGGAAUAUUCAUGUUAACGGCAAUUCGGACAAUGAAUGUAAACAGCUUUUCGACAUUAUCUUCUGCAUCGACGGCUCUGACAGAAUCAACAAAGUGGACUUUUAUACUUUACGCCUGGCCAUGAAAGGGUUGAUAGAUCGACUUAAUAUUGGAGAGGGUAACGGAAGGAUGGGAAUGGUGGUUUAUAGUCGGGAUAUAGCUCUGGAAGUGCCACUAUCAGAUGACAAGGAAUACCUUAGAAGGCAAGCCCAAACGAUGCCUCAUCCAAGGGAGGGAGCAAACACGGAUAAGGGGAUCGCAAAAAUGAGGGAAAUCUUCGGGAGAAAUUCUAGAAGGGGUGUUCCGAUGGUGGGAAUCGUUGUGAUGGGUGGUAUGUCUAAAAAUCCACCUCAGACUGCAAUGCAGGCGUCUCUGGCUAAGAAGUACGGAAUUAACAUGUACUCUGUUGGUGUCACUCACUUCACAGAUAUUGUUGAACUUAACGCCAUUGCAUCCAGACCAUCACAAGUUCUCACCGUUGAAUCUUUUGAUAUGUUGGCUAGGAAUCUAGAAGACAUCGUUAAGCUGGUUUGUCCUAGUCAGUAUCACAAGGUUCAUGGUUAUUCUGUUCACUGUAUUUCAUAGAGCUUCAUAUUUUGCUUUCUAUAUAAAA